GGCGGGUAUAGUGAAGCCGUAGUUGAGAGUUAGCACGCUAACUAAUCGUGAGAGUGGAAGUGGGGCUAACGUAAAAGGGAAACAUAACUGUCAAAAGAGCAAGGAGAGUAAAGGGUUUCACUCGGCUCAGAGCACUGCUAGAUGGCUACAUGAACUGAUUCAGGGUUAGCCAUUAACGACUGAGUUUAUCAGAUACCCGGGGAGCAUUUUUGGAUACUACACCGAUUGUCCCGUUUCCAAACGGAAACGUUUUCUGGACACAGACAGUUGUGCUAGGUAGCCUAGCUGAGUGAUUAACCCAGGAGACUCUUCAUUGUCACCUCAAACUCCUUCCUGAAUGUUUUGUCUGUCAUGAGUCCGGCCGGGUGCUCCCAUGUGAACGGUUAUAAGGUGGAUAAUUGGAAACAAAACCUCCGAGUCAUAUAUCAAUGCUUUGUCUGGAGUGGCACUGCUGAGACCAGGAGACGCAAGGUGCUUCAGAGUGAUGCAGGAUGGACAGAUCUGGCCAAGUCGUGUAUCUGUCACAUGUGUGGCGCCCACCUGAAUCGACUCCACUCUUGUCUGUACUGCAUCUUUUUUGGCUGUUUUACAAAGAAACACAUUCACGAACACGCAAAAAACAAAAGACACAAUCUAGCAAUAGACUUAUUAUAUGGUGGAAUAUACUGUUUUGUGUGUCAAGACUACAUAUACGACAAAGACUUGGAACAGAUUGCCAAAGAGGAACAGAGGAAAGCCUGGAAAUUGCAAGGAAUUGGGGAGAAAUACACAACGUGGGAGCCCACUAAGAGAGAGCUAGAGUUAUUACGACACAAUCCAAAGCGAAGGAAAAUCACUACCAACUGUACCAUAGGUUUACGAGGGCUAAUAAACCUGGGCAACACGUGUUUCAUGAACUGUAUCGUCCAAGCCCUAACUCACACGCCGCUGCUGCGAGACUUUUUUCUCUCUGACAGACACAAGUGCGAGAUGCAAUCAAACUCCUGUCUGGUGUGUGAGAUGUCGCAGCUUUUUCAGGAGUUCUACUCGGGUCACCGUUCACCGCACAUUCCCUUCCGCCUGCUGCACCUGGUUUGGACUCACGCACGGCACCUCGCAGGUUAUGAGCAGCAGGAUGCCCACGAGUUCCUUAUUGCAGCGUUGGAUGUUCUACAUCGGCACUGCAAAGGAGACACAAUAAGAGACGACAACGGGAAGAAGACCAACAAUCCAAAUCACUGUAACUGCAUCAUUGACCAAAUCUUUACUGGGGGCCUACAAUCUGAUGUUACCUGUCAGGUUUGCCAUGGGGUUUCAACAACCAUAGAUCCAUUUUGGGACAUCAGUUUGGAUUUGCCAGGUUCAUCUACGCCUUUUUGGCCUCUGAGCCCCGGAGGGGACAGCGGCACAGUCAACGGCGAGAGCCACCUGUCAGGAUCCACCACACUCACAGACUGCCUACGCAGGUUUACACGGCCUGAGCAUCUUGGAAGCAGUGCCAAAAUCAAGUGUGGGGGUUGCCAUAGUUACCAGGAGUCCACCAAACAGCUGACAAUGAAAAAGCUCCCCAUUGUAGCAUGUUUUCAUCUCAAACGGUUUGAGCAUUCUGCUAAAUUGCGGCGGAAGAUCACUACAUAUGUUUCCUUCCCUUUAGAGCUGGACAUGACACCUUUCAUGGCAUCCAGUAAAGAGAGCAGAAUGAAUGGGCAGUAUCAACAGUCAGUGGACAUAUUGAACAACGACAAUAAGUAUUCCUUGUUUGCUGUGGUCAAUCACCAAGGCACAUUGGAGAGCGGCCACUACACUAGCUUCAUCCGUCAACACAAAGACCAGUGGUUCAAAUGUGACGAUGCCAUUAUCACCAAGGCCAGCAUUAAGGAUGUACUUGAUAGCGAGGGGUAUCUCUUAUUCUACCAUAAACAGUUCCUUGAGUAUGAAUAAAUCCUCUGACCAUUGAUCAGGAAGAACCACUGCUUCAAAGGGGAGAGAGCGAAGAGACAAGGGUGCAGGACGAAACGAAAACACACAAACCUACCUGAAACCUUUUUCAACUACCAGUCUGCUCCUUCACUGAGAGCUAUUUUAAAAAAAAGACAUAAAAUCAUGGAAACUAAUAAAAAAGAAAAGCACUGAGCUACUUCUUGGCAUCUACUUGACAAAACUGAAUGAAAAGGAAUGCUGGUGGAAGAGUCGUCCAUCACCUGUUCAGAUGUGGGCUCAGGGAAGAGGCACCAGACCCCUCAGUCUCUCUGUCCCCUGACCCCCUUUUGCUGCAGGGAUGGAGUGUGAUACUGGGCACACCUGGGAUUUUCUUACAGUAUUCUAAUCUCCAUGCCCCCUCCCCUUCCAUUUCUCUCCCAUGGUGCUCUCAUUUCAACUGACCAAGCAUUUAAACCUGCUCAUAAUGAGGAUCAUAUGCAUAUAGGACUAAAUGCAAACAAAAAAAAUAAGCCCUAACACAGACCAGUGUAUUGCAACUUCUGCUAGGACCCUUUUGAAGGUUUGGUCAGGAUUUUUAUCAUUUGUGACUUUAGUUUUGAAAUACUGUAUGAAUCCUAGCAUACAUCUACGUUUAAGAGCAAAGAAAACAUGGGAGAGCUUAGAAACGCUGCCUUUUCAGUUGCUGGAGAAGCGCUGCCAUGGAAACUAAACAGAUCUGAACCUGAGUGUUCUCAUGUUCAUUUUGUGUUAUUCUUUUUUGUUCAUUUUAAAGUGGUUGAGGGCAGGAAAUAUCUAUUUUUUUAGCAAUUCAUUAAAUUUUAAGUUUUUGUUUACCUUUGUUUUUUCAGUGCAUUUUUUUCUACGUUUUCAGUACAGUCACAUGUUCCUUGCUGUUCUGGUACCUGAAAUGUUUUUUGGACGUAUUAUUCUUUCAUUCUCGUGAAAUUGUGGCUAUAAUGGCAGUGUGGAUCUAUCGACUCACCUUUGUGAUGUUAAAAUAUGCUAAACGAGAGCAUACAUGUGGCAUUCUGACAAGGACUUGAUAUGUGAACUUAAAAUCUGAACCUUUGUGCAAAAGAAAAUACCCUACAUAAAUUAACAUGCUGCAUGCAACCAGGCUUUUUGUGAUCACGUGUUUAAAAAAAAAAAAAUGCCUUUAGAUGCGGUUUAGAGAUUGCUCUCAAGGAAUAAUUCACAGAAUGGGAUGUGUAAGUUUAACUAACACUUUGCACAGAUAUGGGGGCCAUUUGACCACAGCCUGGCUCUGAUUCCAUCAGUGUUAAACUUCUUCAUUGGCUGGUACGGACCACUGUGCUUUGUGGUGUCGUUUCCCUCUGCAGAUCAGCAAAAUACACGUUCAGUCAGACUCUAGAUAAUGCACAUAAUUCCUGUCAGGGUAACUGAAAGUGUUUGUAUAAAAAUAUUCCCUCAUGUGAGAAAAGACAUAUGAGGCCAUUUACCUGAAUUGUAAAAAAAAAAAGAAAAGAUUCUUAUGUUUUUCUGCUCUGUAAUUAAAUUCAAACAUAUCUCUUUUUUUUUUUUUUUUUGGCUAGAGGAAUAUAAUGGUUUAUGGAAAGUAAAGUUCUACACAUAAUGUGUAAUGAUCAUGGUUUCGAUGCAUUGUGGUCCAGUUCAGACCAUCCGAAGGCAUUCAGGGAAACAGCUGAAACAAAAAAUUAGAGCUUCAUUGUCUGUUUCAGUGAUUAAACUCAGAACAAAACUGGAAUGUGCAUUUGGUGUGCUUUUUUUUUUUUUUUUCUGAAAAUACUAGACGAUGCACUGUAGUACAUCUGAGCCAAAUCUUUAUAGUUUUCUAUUGUCAGGUGUACAGUUUCUGUAUUCUACUUCAGUCAUUAUUAUAGCAAGGCAAAAAUAAUAAAAAGCAUAUAUACUG